AUGCCCGGCUGGCGGGUGCCGGUGGUGGACGUCCAGAACGACAACUUCAAGGAGCUGUGGCCCUCCAUGCUGCUGGCCGUGCGCACCUCCAGCUUCGUGGCCGUGGACACGACGACACCGCGCCGUUCCUCGCCCCGAGGGCGCUUGCGGCAGCGACGGCUCACGCGCCCCGUCUCGCCCAGGUGCAUCGAGGAGCGAUAUAAGGCCGUCUGCAACGCCGCCAGGACCCGCUCUGUCCUCUCGCUGGGCAUCGCCUGCUUCAAGCAGCUCCCGGACAAGUCGGAGAACACCUACCUGUCGCAGAUCUACAACCUGACGCUGCUGUGCACGGAGGACUACGUCAUCGAGCCGCAGUCGGUGCAGUUCCUGGUGCAGCACGGCUUUGACUUCAACAAGCAGUACUCGCAGGGCAUCCCCUACCACAAGGGCAACGACAAGGGCAAUGAGAACCAGAGCCAGAGCGUGCGGUCCUUCUUUCUGGAGCUGAUCCGGGCCAAGAAACCCCUGAUCCUGCACAACGGGCUCAUCGACCUGGUGUUCCUGUACCAGUGCUUCUACGCCCACCUCCCCGACAGCCUGGGCACCUUCACCGCCGACCUCUCGGAGAUGUUCCCUGCCGGCAUCUAUGACACCAAGUAUGCCUCCGAGUUCGAGACCCGCUUCGUGGCCUCCUACCUGGAGUACGCCUACAAGAAGUGCAAGCGGGAGAACAUCAAGCUGAAGGACUCGAGCAGCCAGCACCUCACGGUGGAGUUCUGCAGCUACCCCACCAGCAUGGCCCACUACAUCGACUACCGAUACUGCUCCUUGGAGGACAGCAACCACAGCGCAGCCCAGGCCAGCAAGGUCCCCGUCUGCGAGACCUUCUCGGCCUACGGGUGGUGCCCCAAUGGGAUGAAGUGCACCCAGUCCCACAACAUUGACCUUAUCAUCGAUGAGGACGAGCGGCUCCGGGCCGAGAAGCGGAAGAAGCGGAAGCAGAGGUGGAAGAGGCGCAAGAACACGGAGGAGGCCGCCAAGGCGCCUGAGCAGCCAGAGGCAGCAGAGGAGGUCCACAAUGGGGAGGACGGGCCCCCGCGGAAGCAGGGCAGAGCGGGGUCAGAUCCUGUGGGGAAGGCAUCCAGCAAGGAGGCAGAGAGCACCGUGGAUUGGACCGCGGAUGUCGGGGUGGACGACUUUGGGACUCCCAUGGAGCAGGAGCGUACCACGCAACCAACCGCUGGAGGGAGCGCCUGCCACGACGAGCAAGGGGAGAGCGCAGCAGAGCCAGGCCCCUUGCCACCCCAAGACUGCUCCCUGGACACUGCCGCUGGCUCCCCUGGUGGGAAGGCUCCAGAGGCCGAGGCCGAGGCCUCACCCGCGUAUGGGGGCAUUCACCGCGCUGGCUUCGACGCCUUCAUGACUGGCUACAUCAUGGCCUAUGUCUGGAUGCUCAAGAAAGGGACAGCUGGCGAGUCGGGGCCGUGGCUGCCGGACUGUCACAACAAGCUGUACCUCAGCGGGAAGUCGGUGCCGCUGCAGAUCGUGAAGAGCUUGUUCUCCAAGUCCUCCAAAGCUCACUGCCAGAAGAUGAAGCUGGCCUGGGCCAGUGGCUAGCGCGGGGCAGGGGAAGGGUCGGGGGAGGUUAGCUCUUUCAUUUUCCCUCCAGAAGCUUGAGGCUUUGACUCCAUGAACAACUCGUGGGGUGGGGGGAGGGACUAUCCUGUUCUUGUUUAAUGCCAGGACAAUUAAAUUGCUCUUCCCCCAAAACCCCGCAUGCUUGUCCU